AUGCACCGUCGUCUUCGCGAUGGCUGUGGACAACACCAUCCUGGGUACACAAAUACACGAACCGCAGCGACGGCCAUCCCGCGCAUCGCCGACGACUUCCGCUCGCUCGACGACGUCGGCUGGUACCGCAGCGCCUACCUCGUCGCCUCGACGGCGCUGCAGCCGUCGCUGGGCAAGGUCUACACCAUCCUCAACGUCAAGUGGACGUACCUCGCCGGCCUCGUCGUCUUCGAGGUUGGUUCCGUCGUCUGCGCGCUGGCGCCGAGCUCGGGCGCCCUCAUCGCCGGCCGCACCGUCGCCGGCGUCGGCGGCGCCGCGCUGUACUCGGGCGCCGUCAACAUCUUGGCCCUCGCCGCGCCGCUGCGGGUGCGGCCCCUGCUCUUCUCCCUGCUGACGGGCAUGUUCGCCAUCGCCUCGCUCGUCGGCCCGCCGCUGGGCGGCGUCUUCGCCGAUUCGCCCGCGCUGACGUGGCGGUGGUGCUUCUGGAUCAACCUGCCGCUGGGGGCCUUCGCCUUCGCCGUCAUCCUUGGCGUGUUCCGCGUGCCGUCUGCAAGGAAGCUCGAGGGAAGUGACCCCGAAUCCGAGCGUCUUCGGCAGGGCACCACUGAUCAUGGGGGUCCAUCUGGAACCGUCGGCUCGCCGCCGCUGCCGCAGCCGCCGCUGGCACCAUCGCUGCUGCAAAAGGCGGCCAGGUUCGAUCCGUUGGGCACGUUGUUGUUGGUCCCUGCGGUCGUGUGCCUCCUGCUCGCCCUACAAUGGGGCGGCACCAAGUACGCGUGGGGAGACGCCCGGGUCUGGGGCUGUCUGCUGGCCUUCGGCCUCCUCACGAUCGCGCUCGUCUCCUCGCAGCUCUGGGGCGGUGACAACGCCACCUUGCCGCCUCGCGUCAUGCGCCAACGGACCGUGAUCGCCGGCGCGCUCCAAAUGGCCUGUUCGGCGGCAGCCAUGUUCGCGCAGAACUUCUUCCUGCCCUUCUACUUCCAGGUUGUGUUGGGGACGACCGCAACAGGCUCCGGUGUGCUCAUCCUCCCGUACGUCGUGACCAUGGCUGUCAUCGGAAUCUUCGCCGGCGCCGGUAUGUCCCGAGUAAGCUCGUAUAAGCCCUUCGGGUGGGUCGGCACCGCCAUCUUCGUCAUCGGCUCGGGGCUGCUCUAUACUCUCAAAGUCGACUCGCCGACUGCUUCCUACAUCGGCUUCCAGGUCAUCAUCGGCGUGGGCACCGGCAUUGCCUGGCAGGUCCCCUUUGUCGCGGUGCAGAGAGCCAGCGCCAAGGGCAAAGCUAUCAAGGCCAGCGACGGGCCCAUAGCCAAUGCCUUGAUGGCCUUUUUCAACUCGCUCGGCGCCUCCUUGGGUAUCUCCAUCGCACAGAAUGUGUUUGCCAGCUCAUUGCAGAACCGGCUUGCAGCCGUGCCUGGUAUCACUGCGGUUCAAAUCGCGACGAUCAUGAAUGCUGGGACCGGCGUUGGCUUGAGAGACCCCAACGUUCUCCCGUCGGAGAUGCUGUUGCCGGUCUUGACGCAGUACAACUCCGCCAUCCGCUCAACGUUCAUCGUCGCCACCGUCUUCAGUGGCUUAGGCUUCCUGGCUAGUCUGCUGUACGAUUAG